AUGGGGGCGCGGACGUGGACCCUCGCGGUCCUCCUGCUCCUCCAGAUCGUCGCGGGGACGGGUAGCGACGACCCCGCGCUCCGUGACGCGGGGACCCUCGCGCUCGACCCGCACGUCGCCGACGGCCCGGGUGAGACGCCUCACGAAUCUCCCGUCGCGGAGGGAGGCACGGUCGGGGCGGCGAGGCGGUGCACCCCGGAGAACGCGUCGAGGUGCCCGGCGGUGUCGCUCGAGGGCGUAGGCGCGGAGAGCGGGGCGGCGGGCACGCCGAGAGGGACGCCGAGCCCUCGGCCGAGGGAUCUCGCGUGGCUCCUCGACGCCACCGCCGGGCAUCGGCGCGAGGACUGGAGCGCGGGGCUCGGAUUAAGCUCGCCGCCCACCCCCGCGGACGACGACGAGCUCGAGCGCCUUCGAUGGAUGCCGAAGGCCGAGUUCCGCGCGGUGCCCGCGGAUCGUCGCCGCGCCGCCGUCGCCGCCUCCGUGCGCCACGCCUGGCGCGGGUACCGCGACCACGCGUGGCCCGCCGACGAGCUCGCGCCCGUCUCGAGGCGAGGCAUCGAGUGGCUCGACGUCGGCCUCACCAUCGUGGACGCGCUGGACACACUCCUCGUCGUCGGCCUCGACGAGGAGGCGAGGGAGGCGAGGGACUGGCUCGCGUCCCCGGCGAUGCGUUUCGACGCGGACAGGAACGCCAACGUCUUCGAGAGCACCAUACGGGUGCUGGGCGGGCUCGUCGCGGCGCACAACCUGGGCGGCGACACCGUCGGCGGGCACCUCCUCGCGAAGGCUCUCGACCUCGCGGAGAAGCUCGCCCCCGCGUUCAAGACCAAGACGGGGAUACCCAUCAUGGACGUCAACUUCCGAACCGGGGAUCCGCACCAGCCCAAGUGGACGCAGAAGUCGUCGCUGUCGGAGGCGGGCACGCUGGUGCUGGAGUGGGAGGCUCUCGAGGAGGCGCUCCGACGCGCGGAGAACGUCACCGCGGAUGACACAGCUGGCCCCCACCACGACGGCUUGCCCCCGUCGCAGGUGAGCUGCGAGACGGCGCAGUUUGACCGGAGGUCGGCCAUCACGCUCGGCGCGCGCGGGGACUCGUAUUACGAGUACCUGCUCAAGCACUGGAUACACUCGGGGCGGCCCGCGGGGGGCGAGGCGGCGUACCUGCAGGCGAUGGACGGGGUUCUGAUGCACCUGCUGCAUCGGUCGUCGGGGGAAGGGGAAGUCUUCGGGGGAUACGCCGCGAGAGACGCGGAUGAACCGGGGCAGGACCACCUGGCGUGUUUCCUGCCCGGGUUAUUGGCGCUGGGCCACGGGGAAGGGCUGGGGCGGCGGUGGGGCGGCGGGGACGCGGCGCGGGAAGCCGCCGCGGCUCGAGCGCUCAAUCGGCUCGGGCUCGACGCGAACGCCACCCACCUGGACGUCGCCCGAGAGCUGGCGAGGACGUGCGUGCAGACGUACGCGCGCAUGCCCACCGGGCUCGCGCCGGAGAUUGCGCACUUUCUCAACAAAAACGCCAAAAACCCAAAAGCGCGGUUCGUCGGGUACGGCGACGUGCUCGUGAAGGGAUCCGACGCGCACAACUUACUGCGACCGGAGACGAUCGAAUCGCUGUGGGCGCUGUGGAGGGUGACGGGUGAGGAGGAGUGGAGGGACGCGGGGUGGGAGAUGUGGAGGGCGUGGGAGCGACACGCUCGGGUGGACACGGGGGGAUACGCGAGCGUCGACAACGUGACGCAGGCGCCGGAGAAGGGGCCGAUUAAGCGAAUCGACAAGAUGGAGAGCUUCUGGCUCGGGGAGACGCUGAAGUACCUCUACCUGCUCUUUUCCGACGACCCGUCGCUGCUGCCGGCGGAGUGCUUCGUGUUCAACACGGAGGCUCACCCGCUGCCGGUGAUGCCGGGGGGAACGUCGGAGGGGUUGAGACGGUGCGUAGAGCGGGUCGUGUCCGAAAACGUGGAGGCGAUUGCGACGCAGCACGGGCUGUGA